CAUAAAAUGUAAGGUUAAUUUCUACCAUACCUGGAGAAUGAAAGAUGAAACAAGGAGAGUGCUCUGAAGAGGACGGCAGCGGAGGAGGAGCUUUUGGACCACAGAACCCAGCGUGAUGCCUGUUACGUAUUUUAAGCACAUAAGCUGCCCCCACACAGCCACUAGGAAGCAGGAUCGAACACACAACCUGUAUCACCCUCACAUAGCUACUAGGAAGCAGGAUCGAACACACAAGCUGUAUCACCCUCACAUAGCCACUAGGAAGCAGGAUCGAACGCAUGAACUGCAAUAACUACUCAAGCCACAGAUAGCAGCACCUUUAGACAUGCGAGGAAGGCGUGGCCAUUACGUCACGCCGACCACGCCCACUUCACAUAGGCCACGCCCACUGACCCUAACAAGCGAGACAGUAGCUGUGUUCGAAAUCGUUCCCUAUUCCCUCUAUAGUGUACAUGAUAUAGUGCACUAUAUAGGGAAUAGGGAACGAGAAUUCGGACACUACGCUGAACAUUUCUAAACGUCAUUUGCGUCAGUAAAUGCGCCGGGUAUUUGUGUGACGCAGACAGAUGCGCCCACAACAUGUAAACAAACCGGUCACUCACGAGGAAAGCUGGAGGUUGUAUCGAUGUUGAAUGUUACAUUUCCUUGAUCAAGUUUUUUUCAAGACAUUUUGAAUGUUACAUUUUCUAUGUUAAAUCCAAAAUAAAUUGUUGACAUUUCGAUGGUGUGAAAGUGUGGUUUUGUUAACUGGUUUUGUGUUCCGAUUGUACGCUUUAAUAGCCCACGAUGUAUUUUGUUUACUUACCGAGCCACAUGAGCGAGGUAAGUAUACUAGUAUUACUGGUUGUUACUUACUAAUUGUUGGCGCUCGAGUAAAAACUGCAGUUCGGUAAGAAACGCUAACUGUAACUAGUGACAUCUAGCAAAAUGGUCCCUGUUGUCUGGCUGCUGCUGGCACAAUUGCUGCUUCUCAGGCACAAACGGAGGCGAAGGGAUGCUCGUCUAAGGCAUUUAAGGCGUCUUGUGUUGCUUCGCCGACGUCAACUGAUGGAGCCCAAAACGUACUGCCACCUAAAUAUCACCAUGCCAGUCCUUCGGCUCUAUCUGGACGGAGAGACAGACCUGAGGCCAGACUACAGGCUGAACAGGGGGUCCUUGGAGCACCUGAUGGCCAUAACCCGCAGCAGGCAGGACCAUGGAUGGGGUCAUCACAUGGAGGUCCUGGUCUUCAUAUUCUGGCUUGCGAGCGCAACAUCAUACCGGGUUGUGUCCAGGAGCUUCGCCAUUCCUCGGACAACAGUUCAUGACAUGGUGCAUAAAUUUGCAAAGAAAUUACUAAAAAUUAAAAAUCAAGUCAUCUCUUUCCCAUCCCUUGCUGACCUGGAGGAUGUGGGAAAUGGCUUUGCCCACCUGGCUGGAUCCCCUGCAUUUUCCAGGGUAGCAGGCAGCAUCGAUGGCUGCCAAAUUCGGGUGAAACCUCCCUCUGUCGAUGCCCAAUGUUUUAUAAACAGGAAAUUGUUCCCCUCCAUUCAGCUGCAGGCAGUCUGUGACCACCGUGGAAAAUAUGUGGACAUUUUCAUCGGGUACCCAGGGUCUGUCCACGACUCCAGGGUAUUUAAGAACAGCCCUUUGUACACCAGGCAGCUGUACCCACCCCAGGGAUUCUAUCUCCUUGGGGACGGUGGGUACCCCUGUCUUUCAGCGCCUGUGGCCAUCAUCACCCCAUACAAAGAGCCAGUCCGCCUGGAAACAUCCAGGCGGUUCAACCACCACCACGCCAAGGCAAGGUCCAUAAUCGAGCGUUCCUUCGGCAGCUUGAAGACUCGAUGGAGGUCCAUCUUCCUCAAGGCACUGGAGGUGAAAGUAACAUUUGCGCCGGAUGUCAUCGCCUGCUGCACAAUUCUGCACAAUAUAUGUUUGUCCAACGGGGACAUCAUGGAGCCAGCAGAGGAGGUCAGGCCCGACGACAAUGCCACCAUGCCGCAUCACCACCAAGACCAACAGAAUGGGUACCGGAUCAGAGAGAAUUUAACUGCAGCCGUCUCUGCUCCUGAUGCUCUGGUGGCAGCUCUGGAGGGCCAUGAUUACACAUAGAAUAGUAAGAAUUUGUACAUAGCGUGAUUACACAAAUUAGAAUAGACAGAAUUUUGUACAUAAUUAUGUUACAUUGGUUAUUUUGUGGAUGUUGUUCCCGUCCUUAAGUGUUUAGAACUGCCUGUAAAUAUAUAAAAUGUCAUUUAAAAUAUACAUAUUUAUAAUCUGUUUGUAUAUCUAAUAGUGUA